UCCUUUCUCUCAGCUCCUGUCUUCACGGUGUCCAGCUGUCUAUAAGGACCUUUGACAACAGUUAGAGAACUUGUGACUUCUAAAGAACAACUCAGGGAAGAGGAUUUGAAGAUUUCUUUAUUCGUUUUCUACUCAAGUCGAGCACAGAUAGGCUUUUUUUUUUUUUUAACUUCAGGGUUGAGGAUGACGCCUUCUUUUUUAUUCCCAUCACUUCUGUUUUUGGUGUCCUUGCUGCUGAAGGGUCUCUGGGUCAGUGGCUCCCCGGGCUGCGCGUCGUGUGGUUUACCGGCGAUGGAGAAAGACGCAGAGGAAAGGCUGAUGAUAGAGAUCGCCAAGCAACAGAUUUUGGAGAAGCUGCACCUGAAGGAGAGACCAAACAUAACUCACACGGUCCCCCGAGCGGCGCUCCUCACUGCGCUGCGCAAACUGCACUCGGGGCGCGUCAGACAGGACGGUACUCUUGAGCUAGAAAACAAUGUACCUACCAAAGAGCAAGGCUAUGAAAUAGUGAGCUUUGCAGAUAUAAGUGAGACAGGGAAUGGUGAAGAGGCUAGCCUCAGCCUUACCUUCCAGUUUCUGCAGGAGCGUGGCCAGAGUAUCCAGGUCCUCCAGUCCUCUCUGUGGAUCUAUGCCCGCUCCUCUGAGGACCCCCAUCGGGACUCUCGCCUCCCAGCCAGAGUCUUCCUUUCCGCAGACGAUGGGGUGUCUGGCACUAACCGCACCCUGGUGAUGGAAAAGAUGUUGGAAGUCCAGGAGAGUAACUGGCACACCUUCCCCAUCACCCGCAUCCUGCAGGCGUUCCUCGACGGUGGUAAACGUCGGCUACGGCUGGAGGUAAGCUGUGAUGAAGAUGGGAAGAACCUUUGCUCCCUAGAUGGCUCUGCUGACACCCCCUACCAGCCCUUCCUGGUGGCCCAGGUGCGUCUCCGUGAUGACCACUCCAAACACUUGCUCAGGAAGCGCUCAUUGCGUUGUGGUGACGAUGUAACUGUGUGCUGCAAGAAAGACUUCUACAUCAAGUUCAAGGAUAUACAGUGGGAUGAGUGGAUCAUUGCACCUGAAGGCUACCAUAUGAACUACUGCAUCGGUCAGUGCCCCCAGCAUCUGUCGGGCUCCCCAGGAAUAGCAUCCUCGUUCCAUGCCACUGUCUUCAGCCAGCUGAAAAUCAACGGCAUCAACACAGCUACAACUUCAUGUUGUGUUCCCACUGAGCGCCGGCCACUGUCCAUGGUUUUCUUUGACUCUCAGCACAGCAUUGUCAAAAUGGACGUUCCUGACAUGAUAGUGGAGUCCUGUGGAUGUACAUAAAGGACAGAGUAAGAAAGACAUGGUAUAGUUAACAUAGGUUGGUUUUGUGUGUAUUGAAGACAGACAGACUCACAUAAAGAUACAAACACACAUGAAUAGAGGAGAUGUGUCUGGCUCUGGACAACCAACUUUUAAGCCACUUUUCCACACCCUGACUCAUUUUGAGCAACAAAAUGGAAAGUGUCCAUCAUAUAAAGAUGUAUUCUUGGCACUAUAGAUAGGCUAAUAAGAGUUUAAUUUCCCCCCAAAAGAAUAGAUUUUUAAGCUCUACAUAUGUUGUUAGUAGAACUCUUUUGAAAAAUAAGAGGUAACAGGUUUACUUUGUCCCAAAUUAGAUACAGGCAUGUUGAAAUAGACAUGUUGGCCCUGACUUGUAAGUCGCCUUGGAUAAAAGCAACUGCCAUCACUCAUCAACAGUUUUCAUUUAAUUUUACAGUUUUGUAAUAUGCAAUAUGAAAAGAGCAGGCUGAAAAACUCAGCCUAUCCAGAAAAGACAGGUGUGGCUUUAAUGUAACGUUUUAUAGUGGUGACAGGGCUGACUGAAGUCCCACUUACAUUAAAGAAAUUGUUUAUGGAGGUCACACCAUACACAUAGAGAUUAAUAUGACGCCUUUACUGUAGUGUAAAUCUUUUUUUCAUUUUUGUCAUAUGUUGUAUUUAUUUUGUUUUCCACUAUUGCUGCUGGGAUUCAGUUCAAAGAUGCAGUAAAAUGUUAUAAGGAUCUCAGGAAAUUGCAAACAGAAGUGAAAUCACUUUUAACUCUUUCAGGACACAUUAUCUAUUUUUCUGGUAUGUUUCAUGUUAUAGUCACAGGGUCCACAUACAACAUAGAUAAAUAAAUCAAAUAAAUACUAAAUACUUUAUUUUACAUUACAGUUAUAUUUUCAUGGCAAAUUUUUUUUGGUCGACUUAAUUGCUGCCAUUUUAAAGCAAGGCUUUGAAAACAAUGUAAGCGAUCCUUGAUUUAAAGUGUGCCUUCUUCCUUAACUCGUGAUGACAAAGUGCAACUUGGACAAUGAGCAUCAAGUCAUUUUGGCUAAAUGAAGUCUAAAUAUUAAAGAGUAUCAGUUAAUACUUGACCUUCUUUUUAUGUGGACCUGUGACAAAAUGCUCAUAUUGUGCUCGUAUUUUGAUAUAUUUUAAUUUUUCUAAACAGAACUGAACCAGCUUGGAAUCUGCCCUGUUCUCUGUCUGACAGCAGUCGAUGCUGCACACACAUUGAAAUAUGUUUAAUCAGCAUCUCCACUGUAUUAUUUACACAAGUCGGCUAAUCAGUUGGGUAACUGUGACUCUGACAGCAUAUGAACCCAGGGUCAUUUUUCAGCAGCGUGAGCAAACAUUUAGAUAUUGCUUCAGUGUCAGGUAAUGUGAAGGUCUGUGAGGCAGUUGGGUCAAUGAGCAUGUGCUGUUGCACGUUGGCAUUUAUAUAUUUCAAAGUCUAAAGUUUUCUGGGCUGAUGUAAAAUUAGAAGCUCUCCAGCUAAAGGUAAUCUGUUAAUCAUUUUGGGGGGACGUUAAAACAUCUGCGUAUCACAAUUGUUCUGAGCAUGUACAGUUGUACGUCGAUACCAGGAAAAUGACCAAGUGAAGUAUAUUUAUAUAUGCCUGCAUCAAUACUUAUCUCACUAGAUUUAAGGUGGUGUUGAUGUUGACAUCUGUCAGCACAUGCCUUGUGUAAUUUGAUGUCAUAAUGCAAUAAUUCCUUGUAUACCAACUAAGAACUAAAGUGUUACACUGCUAGCACUAAAUACAUCUAUAGGCCUAUUCCACCUCUGUUUGCACUAAGCAGUGUUAAAGUCAAAGAUCUUCUCAGGUUUCUGAAUGUUGUUUAAUGGGUUUGUCCUUACUGUGUUAGUAAACUGUACUUAAGGUUUUGUAUUGUACUGCCAUGAUACAGAUUAUAAACAAGAUCUUUUAUCACAUUUUGACCAAAUAGUCCACAACUUUGGUUCACCUCUCUCUGUUGCCUCUAAAAGCUUAAUUUGUAUUAAUGCUGUAUAGUUCAAGCUUGUGUAAAAAAUGCUGGAGUUUAUUGUUUGUUUUAUCUUGUAAGCACUUCCUGUCCCAGGACUUAAUGUGACAUUGAGGUGCCAUCGUAUAAUAACUUGCUAAGCACUUUAUCACCCUACUGUAUUUUUAGAGCAAAUUUUGCUUGAAGGGUCUGUCAAUAGGUCCACAGAGAGCAAAUGUCAAUCAGCUUAUUUUCUUAAGCUUUAGUUGCGUUUCAGUGUGUGGUUUUGUAUAUGCUUGCAAAGCACACAGAUGAUGCAGCAAUUUCUGUAUACUGUAAGUUUUGGAAAUUAGAAGAUUUUUUAUAUCAUACUAUAUUUUAUGUAAAAUGAAUUAUUUGUAUAGCAAAUAAAUGUAACACAUUUGUCUCAAUGUGAAAUGACAUGA